AUGGGUGUGGCAUCAGACGGCUGGGGCAGCAGUUGGCGGGCGAAGAUCGCAGCCUGCAGGGAGUCAAGGAAACUGGUGCUGGUGAUAGUGGCUAUUGCACUCCUGCUGGACAAUAUGCUUCUAACUACAGUGGUUCCUAUAAUCCCGGAGUUCCUGUACGACAUUCGCCACCCGGACGCACCUCUCUCAAUGUCGUUGGAAGACAUCACCCUGCCCCCGCCGUCGCCGACCCCUUACUGCCCAUGCCUCGAGAAAAACAACACGCUUGCUGUGGAAAAUGUAACACAUAUCAACAUAACAGCAGAGAGAGAGCUACGUCACCAAGAGCUGAUCCAUGAGACGGUGGCUGUGGGCGUGAUGUUUGCAAGCAAAGCCUUGGUGCAGCUCCUUGCUAAUCCCUUCGUAGGACCACUGACACACAAGAUUGGCUACAGCGUGCCCAUGUUCACCGGCUUCAUCCUCAUGUUUCUGUCCACCUUGAUCUUCGCAUUCGGCCGGUCGUACUCCGUUCUAUUCAUAGCUCGAGCCCUGCAAGGCAUAGGUUCCUCCUGCUCUUCUGUAUCCGGCAUGGGUAUGCUGGCGGAACGAUAUCCGGAUGAUAAGGAACGCGGUAAUGCAAUGGGAAUAGCCCUCGGAGGUCUGGCUUUAGGAGUACUCAUCGGUCCUCCGUUUGGAGGUCUCAUGUACGAGUUCGUCGGUAAGACGGCUCCAUUCCUGAUGCUGUCAGCCUUGGCACUUGCUGAUGGAUUGCUGCAACUGAUGAUCUUACAGCCAGGAGUAGUUCGCCAGGAGUCAGACCCACCAUCGCUUAAAGCGCUCGUCACUGACCCAUACAUCCUAGUCGCUGCCGGAGCUAUAACCUUCGCGAACGUGGGCAUUGCUAUGCUGGAGCCGAGUCUACCUAUAUGGAUGGCAGACACUAUGGAAGCUAGACGCUGGCAGCAAGGCGUGGCGUUCUUACCAGCCAGCAUCUGCUAUCUCAUCGUUGAAUCUACUGAUGAUUUUGGAUAUCAUUCAGAGUGUCUAAAAAAAAUUACAGUUCUGAAGCAAAAAGAUAAAGAAGAAUUCGAAGAUUUUUGCAAAACACAAGCUAUCCCGAGCCUCCCUUCAGGUCUUCAUGAACAAACUAUUCCUGCUGUAAACUGUGAUCUAGAAGAAUCAAGGGCUACAUUAAACGAUCAACCGACUACACUUUCAGUAGACGAACAGCUUAGUACGACUGCUUUAAACGAGCAGCCUAGUACAUCUGCGCAGGAGGAUGAUCAUUCUCAGUGUAUUCAAAAUUUGUCAUCUGCUGGUACAAUAUCCCAGCAAGCUAAUUCAUCAACAAUUAUAAAUAAAAAGUCAGCCUGCCUUUUUUGUGAUCAUGUUGAGAAAAAAGUUGGUAAGAGACGAACUUAUGUAACAUUCCCGCGAUCAGAAGCAACGGUUGAAACAAUAAAAUCAAUGGCCGGGAAAUCGAAUGACUCAAAACUAUUAGCGAAACUAGAAAGCCCUCAAUCUAUUGCUUAUCAUUCGACUUGUUUGUCAUCGUAUCAGAUUUCACUGAAACGAAAAUAUGAGGAACAUCCAGAGCCAGGAUAUUGGCACAAAAAUCGCCAAUUUCACCAGUUAGCAUUCAAUGCAAUUUCGGAAAUAAUAAAGGCGGAAAUUAUUGAGAAAAAUCGCGUUAUGUAUCUUACUGAUUUGUUAUUUCAGUAUAAAUCAUUGCUGUUGGAAUUUGCUGAAGGUCAAGUACGCGCUGAAGAUUUACAGGAAUAUCGUGCUGAAAACUUAGAAAAUAAAAUUAUAAAAGCUUUUGGCGAUCGAAUUACUGUAGAGUCAUCCAUGGGGACACCAAAAAGGAAAAUUGUCUAUCAGUAUGACAUGAACACGUCACGAUUAGUUAGUGAAAUAGCUAAGUUAGAAUCAAAUGAGAAGAAUCGAUGCAGAGAUGUCGCUUACGAAUUGCGAAACUGUAUAACAUCUGUAGAAAGUACGAAGCUGCCAGAUAAUCUAACUCCAGAAGAUAUUAUUCUCGGAGAGUGUAAUAUUCCAGAACAACUUUUUAAUUUCGUGUGCGACUUAGUUCAAGGACCAGAUACUCGUCGUAAAAAUUCAAGUGACGACUUAGUGAAAAUUAAGUCUAAGAAUCGAAUCGAGAAAGACUCCAAGACUUUGAGCAGUAUUGUUGAAAGGAUCAAGAAAACAAUGAAUCCUUUUUCUGAAAGUGUAGACAAAGACAGUUUGUUCAAUUUGUCAACUGGUAAAGCAGCAUCCUUAAAUGUUACCAAUUUUUUGCUCAACGUUAAGUCUUUAAGUCAAGAACAAAAGUCAAAAUUUUUUUCGGAUUGCUUUGAAGAUUCAACAAGAUUUGUGAGACCGAUAACUCGUAAUAAAAUACAUAACUUCGCUUCAGAUUGUGUUAAAAAAAGUAUUAAGAGUACCACCGGAGACAAAAAAACAUUAAUUAAAAUGGAACGAGAUAUUUUUGGCCGUCUGUUAGCAAUUGCUAUAAAUCAAAAAGUUGACAUUGAGUACUGUCUAUCAUUCCCGCUAGCACCUGUACCUCCCGCACUAUUUCACUGUUCAGGUGACAUGAUGAAGACGGACAAAUCAACUUUAAGUAAACAAUUGACGGCAAAGAUAGCACCAGCUAAUCCCGGACAAGUCGACGUAGAAAUCAUAGAUGGUACCAACCUGUUCGGUCCACUAGGCCACAAGAUGGGACGCUGGCUGGCUGCAUGCUCAGGGCUCAUGAUCAUUGGCGUAUGUCUCAUAUUGAUCCCGAUGGCUCGUAAACUGGAACACCUGAUUAUACCUAACGCCGGUCUGGGCUUCGCCAUCGGCAUGGUGGACUCCUCCAUGAUGCCGGAGCUAGGAUUCCUCGUGGACAUUCGACAUGCAGCUGUAUAUGGCUCCGUGUACGCUAUUGGAGACACCGCCUUCUGUUUAGGAUAUGCUGUUGGCCCUGCUCUGUCUGGUGCUUUGAUGAACAGCAUCGGCUUUGAAUGGAUGAUGGUGAUCAUCGCCAUACUCAACUUCGGCUACGCUCCUUGUCUCUUAAUGCUGAGAUCACCACCGGCUCGGGAUGAGAAGCAGAGCCUGAUAAUAAGUGAUAAAUCAUCUGUCCGCUACGUGAGCUACCAAAACGAAGAAGAAGAAUAA